AAAAGAAAAAAAAGAUCAGGUUGAAACUCGAAACGACGUCGUUGACCGUAUCACCAUCCUUCUCCAUUUCUCAGUCUCUUGCCUCAACCAUAUCUAGCCACCGUUGAAUUUCAUCUCGAAACUGUGCGGCGGCGGACAUUCGGCGAUCAAUUAACCGGAGAUAAGAGACGCGCGUUUCUUCACACCCAUGAGAGUUUAUUCGGGACUAGAUGCUCCAAAUCAUUUACUUCCUCAAAUCUCCAAAUUUUACAUACAGGGCCAUCUCCAAAACCCCCAAUAAACCCUAGUUUGCUCACUACAUUUUCCUCAUCUAGGUCAUUUUCAAGCUUUCACAUUAAUCUCUCUAUGGCUAACCUUGUGAAGCUUUCAAUUCGUGGUCGCCAUUGUUUUCCAGAAAUUAGGGAUUUAGUAAGCCCCCAAUUGAACUCGCUGCCUUUGAGCGUUGGGAGUUCUUUGAAAUCUUUGUCCUUGAAUAAAUCUCGAUGUUUUUCGAGUUCCUAUCGUCUUAAGGACGAAGGAGUGUUAUCUGGGAAUAAGCUUCCUUGGUUAGCUGCAGCUAACAGUGUUGAGAAGGCAAAAUGGUUGGAUAAAUCUACUACAAAGAAGAGAGGGGACCGAUCGUCUUGGAAGGAAUCGGAUUUUAAGUCAAAGAGAUUUGGAAAAAACGGCAAUAGGUCGUCUCGGGAUGAACCGGAAAAGAGAUAUGGCAAAGAACCAAUUGGUAGUGCUAAUCGUUCGACUUGGGAGGUCUCUGCUGAGAAAUUUGCUAGACGAGGUAUUGAGUCAGCAGAUGAAAGAAGAGAAAGGAGGACAAGAAUGGACAAUGAAGAGCAGGAAAACGAUGAUAUCGAAAGGAGGGGAAAUUAUGAAGAAGGGGAAGAUGAAGAAAUAGAAGCCAUUGCAGACCCUAGAUGGGAUAAGAUUAAAAGUAGAUUUAGGGGAAUGGUGGAUGAAAGAGGUGCAACUGAGCGGCCUCAGUUUCAGAGAUGGAAUAAACAAGAAAGUUGGGGCAGAAAAACAUGGAAGGAAGCUUCUGAAUCCACUUUACCUAAAAUGAUUGGUGAAGGGGUUUAUGGCGUUGGACCAGUUUUGGCUGCUUUGUCAGCUGGAAGAAGAGAGUUCUAUGCAUUGUAUAUGCAAGAAGGGAUUGACUUGAACAAUAACAAUAAGAAGAAGAAGGACAAGAAAGGGUUUGAGAAAGUUCUCAAGUUGGCUGAAAAGAAUGCAUUAACUAUCAAGGAAAUAUCGAAGCACGAUCUCAAUAUGAUUUCUGAUAACCGACCUCAUCAAGGUCUUGUGUUAGAUACUUCUCCCUUGGAGAUGGUUAAAAUAAAAGAAUUGGAUCCUGUCUCACUCGAAGAUGACAAAGGUUCACUUUGGUUGGCUUUGGAUGAAGUUACUGACCCACAGAACUUGGGGGCAAUAAUAAGAUCAGCUUAUUUCUUUGGCGCAUCGGGAGUUGUUUUAUGUGCAAAAAAUUCAGCUCCAUUAAGUGGUGUGGUUAGUAAAGCAAGUGCUGGUUCACUUGAGUUAAUGGAGCUUAGAUACUGUAAGAACAUGAUGCAAUUCUUAACAUCCUCAGCCGGAAAUGGUUGGAGAGUCCUUGGAGCAUCGGUUUCUUCAAAAUCCAUUGAUUUGGAAGAGGUACUGCCCGGUGCACCAACGAUUCUAGUCCUGGGCAGUGAAGGCACUGGUUUGAGGCCCUUGGUGGAGAGAUCCUGCUCACAACUUGUUAGAAUCCCUGGGAAUAUUCCAGCUAAUGUAACAAUUGAUAAGGAAAACGACAUUGAAACAACAGAUGGGUGCUCGGUGGAUGAGUUUCGAUCCUUUAUGGCUGUUGAGAGCUUAAACGUCAGCGUUGCGGCAGGUGUGUUUGUUCAUCAUUUAAUUGGAAACAGUUACAAAAAUGAAUCAUUAGAAACCUAAACCUUCAUUACAGGUUAGAUCAAUUCAUUUCUACAUGAUUGUGUGCAACAUUACAUGUCAUGUUCGUCCCUUGUUUAUCAUCUAUAAAAGGAAACAGAGUUGUCAAAACCAUGUGAAUUGGCUUUGCCAAAGUUUUCAAAUGAAGCUACAAUCAAGACAUGGCCCAUAAGACAACUCAUCUCUUCCUGUAUCUCCAACUAUUUGCCUUUUUCUAGGCUUAUUGUUCUUAUUACCCAAUCACUUGAAACCAUUUUAGUUCUACGAGUCUGUUUUUCUUUUCAAAUUUCUUCACUGAGAGGGAAAUUUUGUUUUUUUUUGUUUUUCCAAGGAAAAAAACAAGGCUGUUCUUCGUCUUCUGGUAUGCUAAGUUGUAAUUUGUAAUAAUUGAUAACCGGCAUUUCUUUUU